CGAUGGAUCCUGUGCUCUCCCAGUAAGAUUCGCCCUCCCUAAAAACGGAAAUGGAAGAGGCAGCGGCUUCUUUGGGGCGAAGGGGCGAAGGGGAAGUCGAAGACUCGGUGCUGACGGAAACUGCGUAACUGCAGGGUACGGGACCACGUCAAGAGUGUUUUUGGACUCGCACAGACAAGCCCGGUGUACGGACGGUCCAAUAAUAACAUGGACAACCUCCCUCGCUCGUUCCAGCAGCCUCUAGCCCUAGCUAUGGACUCGCCCAUCUCCACUGGUUCCUUCACGGUAUGGCCGCCUACGCCCCGCCACGUCGAGGACAGUCCGACGGUCAUUGAUUCGCACUACCCUUUCUCCAUGGCCGAUUGCAGCCCGAGCGGCGACGGGGUCACGGCUCCUUGGGCGGGCGAAAUCACGCCGCAUACCCCCCACAUGGCACCGAACGGCGUGGAUAUCCCUUGCUCUCCGCACUACGGACAGCAGCAAGAGAGUGAGCCAUCCACAGUCGUGUCGGCCUGGUGGGGCAACGAUACUGAUGGUGUAAGUGGGGAUUGGCGGCCCAGAGUCGGCUAUUCCCUGUUGGAGGGCAAUGCCGAAACCGACCAUUCGUCCAGUUACGGUAGCUCGAGCGGCGGAAACGGUUUCCUGCCCGUCCCGAGCUACCAGUACGCACAGCAGCCGUCGGAUCCUCUGAGAUUGAACACCGACCUCGAUGCGAGAAAUCAUCUAUCCGAUGAGAUUUCGAGCGCGGAGCCCAUCGCCACGUCCACAACAAGCUACUACGCCGAAUCGGACAGCUCGUUGUACACCACCGAGUUCAGGACACCCCUGAUGUCGGCCGUCACAACGCCGCACUCGCCCUCCGUCCGCAGCGUCAGCCGGACGAGCCGUGGGUCUUGCUCUCCCAUCUACCGCGUCACCCCUUAUUCCGCCACAGAUAAGAAACGGUGGUCCGCUCCCGGAGAUUCCAGUAAUUUCUACAGUCUCAGCCUGGAUCCGCAGUUGCAGGGUAGCCAGCUCCGUUCGCAUCACUCGUCGCCCAUCCGCACACCACCCCACACGCUUCCCCCAUCGACACAGUCGUAUCUGCCUUCUCACCAACACACCCUUCCCCGGAACAUGACCUAUCUUCCGGGAUUCCUGGACCGUGGCCACCCCCACCACCCACACCCCCACCACCACCACCACGAACCCACCCAGCUGAUGCCAAGCCCCUUCUACAUCCCCUCUCACCCGGAAAACCACCACCACGCCCGGUACGCCGACUACGCCGAGCGACCGGACCUCUACUCCUGUCUGACCGAGGAGCAGAUUCCACCCCCAGAGGAAGACAUGAACCCUGCAGACCCCGAGAUGAAACCCCACGAGCAAGACCUCCGUUUCGAAGGCGACCUCUACACCCCCCGCUGGGUCCGCGGCCACGGCAACAAGCGCGAAGGCUGGUGCGGAAUCUGCAAGCCCGGCCGCUGGCUGGUGCUCAAGAACUCGGCCUUCUGGUACGACAAAUCGUUCACGCACGGCAUCAGCGCGGCCACCGGCCAGCCCUUUGCCGAACCCAGGGACAUGCGCCGCAUGGAUGGGAAUCCGGACGUAUGGGAGGGUCUCUGCCACUCGUGUGCCGAGUGGGUCCCGCUCGUCAGCAACAAGAAGAAGGGGACAACUUGGUUCCGACACGCCUACAAGUGUCACACGCAUAAUAAGAUCCGCGACGCUCCGAAACGGAGGAGGGAGGGGAGUUUGAACAAGAAGAUUAAGGCGGCGUCAACGUAACUAAUGAUUUUCCUUUUUGUCUCUUUCUUUUUGUUUUCUGCAUGCUAUCACGACUAUAUGCCUUUCCUAGGAUUUUUUCCAUCAUCGGGGGCGCGCGCGGGGGG